UGCCUCCGCCUAUAAAAACAACCGACCAAUCCCCCGCUCGGUCCGUUCCCAGACCCGAGCCGCACCAAGGCAAGAACACGAGCGCCGCCGAAGGCAAGGAGAAAAGCGCCAACGCGAGCGAGUCGGUGGGCGAGCGAGAGAGGAGGAGGAGGAGGACGGACGGAGACGGCCAUGGAGGGGUGGACUCCGCGGCGACACCGCUUCUGGUUGAGAGCGGAGAUCGAGGUGGACAGGGGUUCCUCCAUUCUCAGGGGCCCGGGGUUCGGCUUCGCUGCCGUCGUGCGAGAGCCGCUGGUGAAGCUGCGGCGGCCCCAGUACGACUUCGAGGGGUGGGACUGGGACUACUUCUCCUGGCCCCAUGACCGGCUCGACGCCAAUCUUGAGAUGAGGGACAGUGAUCCAGAGGCGACACUUGAGGCAGACAGGAAGGCGAGUGAGAGAUUCCUGAACCAGAGCACGCUGCAGCUAGAGAGCCAUGAGAUGUACCAGCACACGGAGCAGCAGCAACACGCUGCAGCCUGGCCUUGUAACCAUCUUGAAACCAAUUUUGAGAUGAGGGAUGAUCCAGAGGCGCUUGAUGCGGACCUGAAGGCGAGCGAGAACUUCCUCAACCAGAGCACGCUGCAGCUGGAGAGCUGUGAGAUGUACCAGCAUGCUCAGCACCAGCAAGACUGGCCUUGCAACCAUCUCGAAAGUAAGCAUCAAGCACUCAAGCUCCUAGUUGAUGCCAAUCUGGAGAUGAGGGACGGUGACCCGGAGGCGACACUUGAGGCAGACCAGAAGGCAAUCGAGAGCUUCCUGAACCAGAGCAUGCUACAGCCAGAGAGCUAUGACAUGUACCAGCACAAGCAGGAGCAGCACACUGCAGCCUUGCCUCGCGACCAUCUCAAAGGCAAUCUGGAGACGAGGAACACUGACGUGGAGGCGAAGCUUCAGACAGACCGGAAGACGAAGGAGCGAAGCACGCGGCAGCGGAAGAGGUCUGAGAUGGAUCGACGCACGCAGGAGGAGCAGCACGAGGAGAAGGAGAACAAAGAAGCCGUGAUGUUCCGGACACUCACGCCUUUGAACAAGAAGGCCGUAGGACCCAGAUCGGCACGGCGUCGCCGUGUUUUCGCAGAGGCUAACCGGAGCCUGGACAAUGACAGAGCAAGGCAAGUUCCCUGGGCUUGUUAGUCACACACGCACGCACCAUCUGGUUGGAGGUUGGUUGCUCCCAUCGCUUGGGCUGCAUGCAUCGCAAGUCUGAUAGGAUACAGCUAGCCUGAGAUGUGAGAUGCCUUUCAGUUGGAGGAGCUCGUUAACUGUCAGGAAAGGAACCUGACCUUAUGAGGUCAGAACUAGUCGAGAGCGCGUUCGUGUGUUUGUAUAUAGUACAGUACAGUGUUUGUAUAUAGUGCAGUACAGUAGAGACUAAAAGCAUUCCGUUGCAUGGUUCAGAACUAGGUUGAAUUGUUUUUAAGUUCAGAAGUGUGUGUAAACAGUUUUCAGUUGACAAGUAGAAACAUGUGUUCACGUCUUGUGAAGCUCAGUUUCAGUCAGUUGCCAUUUA